AUGACAGGAUUCUUCGUAGAACGUAAAGUAUCUCAGGAAGAAAUUGAAGAGCGUAAAGAGUGGAUUCAGGCGAAGAAAUCGAAAUCUCAAUCGAUGAAAGAUAGAAAUUAUGCGAUCAAACAAAUUAAUUUCUCAGAAAAACUCGAUGGACUGUAUUCGGUGAGAUUUUCUCCCGACGGUGAUCUAGUUGCCACAACAUUUGGAUCUGGAUGCAUUCAUUUGAGAAACGGAGAAACCGGCGAGCGUCGAGAAACAAUUAGAUGUGGCUUGGAAACGUCUUCACCGGUUACGUGUUGCCGAUUUCAUCCGAUUUACAAAGAUCAUUUGUAUGCGUCAGGCUCGUGCGGUACAAUAUUCCACUGUAGGGUUAAUGAAAUUGAAUUCUGGAGGUUCUCGGAAGAGCUCGGGAAUGAAAUUAAUGCUAUUGACAUCAGCGUUUCCGGCGAGCACAUUUUUUCGGUCGGCAAAAACGCAUCAUUGAACGAGUACGACUUAGAAACCGCUCGGGUAAUUCGAAAUUUCAAAAAAGAUCCACACGAUGUAGUCACUGAUAAUGUAAUAAAAUACCACACUUCUCGAAUUUUCGCCGUGAAAUGUCACAAGACCGAUGCGAACCUCGUAAUCACUGGAGGAUGGGAUAAUACCUUGAAGAUUUGGGACAUCCGAGUUUCCGAUGGCAGCAUCAAGUCAAUAAACGGACCUCACGUGUGUGGCGAUGCUAUUGACCUAAAGGACACAAAAAUACUAUCGGGCUCUUGGGUCGAUAAAGACAGUCUUCAACUUUGGGACAUGACAAGUGCCAAGCUCAUCGAGACAAUCACUCCCACAAACCGUCAGCCAACGGCUGCUGGUGAAUUUCUUUACUGCGCGCAAUUUUUCGACGGAGAUCCUUACGACAAUCAUGCCAUUAUUGGAGGUUCCGGUACCGGUGCUGUCGAGAUCGUCAACUUGAAGGAAAAAACUAUCGUAGCAAGUUUUAAUGCGAAUAAAGCAGUGAUUGCGCUUGACAGUCACAAAACGAGAAUAGUUUAUGGUGGCAUGGAUCAUACCAUCAAUUUUGCUGAGUAUAACUGA